AUGGAGCGAUUCACGCAAGAGGCCUUUGAAGAACGGUCCCGGCGGCUCGGCCCGCUGCUCGUCCUCGACGACGUGCUCUCGGUGCACGUCGGCAAGACGCCCUCUCCGGUCCUCUUUGCGUAUCCCCGCGGCGACGGCGGCCGCGGUGACGACUUCUGGGACAAGUACACGGCGGCGCAGCUCGACGGCUACGUCGACGCGGCUGUGCGGCACCUCCUCGACUCUGGCCACGAACCUAAACUCGGCCGCGUGGUUGGCAUACUGGGAGCCCCGAACCUCGACUGGGUCGUGCACCUCUUUGCCCUCUCCCGCCUCGGGUACUGCGUCGCCAUGAUGUCGCUGCGCCAAAAGGCCGUCGGCCUCGCGAACCUGCUUGUUCUCGGCCACGGCGACGCCGUUGCGUACGAUGCCACGCCCGGCACCAAGGAGCUCGUCGACGGCGUCGUCGCUCUGCAGCCCUCGGCCACGACGACGACCAUCCCGUUUGUCCCGCGCGCCGUCUACACCGCAGCCGCCACCACCGCCACCACCACCACCACGAGGAAGCGCUUCUUCUCCCGCGAGGAGCAGAACAGGACCAUGGCGCUGCUCUUCUCCACGUCGGGCUCGACCGGCCUGCCGCGGCCCAUCCCGUACCGCCACGCCCACAUUGCGCUGUCCAUGUUCACGUCGACCGAGCCGCUGAGCUCCAUCCUCUCGUGGCCGCUGUACCACGGCUGGGGGCUGAGCGUCCUCCUCGGCACGUUCUACUACGGCGAGACGUGCCACGUCAUGGACACCAUCACCCUGCCGGAGGUCACCGGCGCGGCAUUCAUCGAAGCGCUCGAGGCGGCGAGGCCGGGCUUCAUACCCUCGCCGCCGCACAACGUCGCGCUCAUCGCCGGGGACCCGCGUGGGCUAGCCUGUCUGCGCGCCGCCGAGUACGUCACGACGGGCGGCGCGCGGCUGCCCGACGAGCUGGGCGCGUAUCUGGUCGAGCAGGGCGUCAACAUCAGCACGUCCAUGGGCAGCUCCGAGGCGACGCGCAACUUUGCCACGUCCAUGUACCGGCCCAGGGGCGAUCCGGAGUGGGACUAUGUGCAGAUUGCGCCCGUGCUGCGUCCGCACAUCCUGCUCGAUCCGGUGCCGGGCAGCGCGCCGCUACACGAGAUUGUGUUCCUGCCGGAAUUCCCCGGCCUGGGCGGCAGCACCAACUCGGACGACCCCCGGCCGGGGAGCUACCGCACGGGGGACAUUAUGCGUCCCCACCCCGAGAAGCUGGACGCGUGGAAGUUUGUGUGCCGCAACGGCGACUUCCUGGCGCUGAGCACGACGCUCAAGGUCCUGGGGGCGCCGUUUGAGGACCGCGUCGAGAGGAGCCCGCUGGUGGAGGCGGCGGUGGUCGUGGGCGAGGGGAGGACGGCGCCGGGGAUGCUGGUCCUGCCGACGGAGGAGGGCGAGGGGAUGGGCAGGGAGGGGCUGCUGGAUGGGAUCUGGCCGAUGGUGGAGGAGGCGAACAAGGUGGUGCCGGGGCAUUCGGAGAUGGCGAGGGAGAGGGUGUGUGUGCUGCCGAGGACGGCGAAGCUGCCGCGGACGGACAAGGGGAAUGUGGUGCGGCAGAAGGUGUAUACCGAGUUUGCGAGUGAGAUUGACGGGCUGUAUACCUAG